AUGUUUUCCACGGGCGGUAAUAGGCUGCAUUCGCAGAGAAAGCGCAUGCUGAGCAACAUCUACAGCAAGUCGCAUGUUCUUGCUAGUGAAUCGCUGCUCAUACAGGCAUCGACAAUCAUGUACAAGCGCUUCCUGCCAUAUCUAGAGUCCGUAUGCACGGGACCCGAAAACGGAGUUUUGAACAUCUACGCACUGCUCAGUGCGACAACAAUGGAUAUUGUGACGUCCUACAUCUUCGGACAGCGAGCAGGGUCGAACCUAAUCCAGGACCCCCAGCAACUCGCCUGGUUCUUGGAUCUAUACUACUCACGGCGAUCCUUCAACUUUUGGCCGCAAGAGUUCCCGCUCCUGACUAGCCUGGCAGAGAGAUGGCUGGGCUACCGCUUCUCACCCAAAUGGGUCGACGAGGCAAAUGGCAAGAUCGAGGGAUGGGUGACCAAAAUGUGCGAUGAGGCUGUGCGUGUGCUGGAUGCUGGCGUCGCCGCCGCAGGGGUCGAGGACCGGCCUGUAGUCUAUCAGCAGCUGCAGAGCAGCAUGGCAAAGGAAGCAAGUAAGAGUUCGGGUAGUAUGUCGGAUCCUACCGCCAUGGCAAGUGAAGUCCUGGAUCAUCUGGCCGCGGGUUUCGACACCUCUGCUAUAACGCUCAACUACGUCGUCCACGAGCUAUCCAAGCACCCAGAUAUUCAGACUCGUCUCCAGGACGAGCUCCUCGGCCUAUCUCCCCGCCUGGCAGUAUCCUCAGCACCCAAUCUGCCCGACCCGAAGGCCGUCGAUGCCCUUCCGUUGCUACAUUCCGUCAUAUGGGAAACCCUGCGUCUUCACUCUGCGAUUCCCGGCCCACAACCGCGUUUCACGCCCCCGCAAGGCUGCCGGCUUGGCCCAACAGACGAGACAUCGUACCAUGUUCCGGGCGGAGUCAGGGUGAGCGCCAGCGCGGGCCUGCUGCAUCUGAACGACGACGUAUACGAGUGUGCAAGUGAAUGGCGACCAGAUCGCUGGUUGGGACUCGACAAGGUGGCCGACGAAAAGCGGAGGGACAUGGAGAGCCGAUGGUUUUGGGCAUUCGGCAGUGGUGGUCGAAUGUGUGUGGGAAGUCAUUUGGCAGUGUACCAAAUGAAGUACAUAGUCGCGGCCCUAUACUCAAACUACCGCACCACGAUUGUAGAUGACACAGGCAUCGAGCAGUCCGACUCAUACACUGCACCGCCCCAGAGUGAGAAAUUCAUGAUACGACUCGAGAAGCUGACGUAG